AUGGUAGUCUUGAUCGUUUCCAUCGCUUACGCAUACGAGGAUCUGAGUAUCCAAACGUCUAGGCGCGUAUUAGAGAUGAUCUCGAUGAAUGUGCUUCUACACUGGACCCUGGUAUGGACAGCACCGCCUCAUGUUCAAUGGGGCAAAGAUUUCCUCGCUAUGGUUACGUUUUACACGCUGAUCCUGUGGCUUAUAUGGAUCGCGGUAGCGGCCGACUCGUUUGCUUGA